UAAAAGGCUGGGUCAACUCCUCUUGCUAAGUAGCACUUUAACAAGCUCUCACAGCACAUUUCCGGGGGAAUUCACUCAGGUCUGAGCAACAAAAGGAAAUGGAAGACCAAAUGGAAAGCCAGAAGACAAGAGGAAUAAGCAAAGACAACCUAAUAUCCGAAAGGCCCAUUGGAUCUCUAGGAUGCGUCGGCUGGUUCCUGGUCCUUGUUUCAGGCUUCUUCGUUAUUUUGCUCUUCCCAGUCACAAUCUGGUUUUGUUUAAAGAUUGUUCAGGAGUACGAGCGGGCCGUCAUCUUUAGACUGGGUCGCAUCACAAAUCGAAAGGCAAGAGGACCAGGAAUUUUCUUCAUUUUGCCAUGCACCGAUUCUAUUGUAAAAGUGGAUCUGAGAACUGUGUCGUUUGACAUCCCACCUCAAGAGAUUCUAACUAAGGAUUCAGUCACUGUGUGUGUGGAUGGCGUGGUCUACUUCCGAGUCAAUAACCCCAUCGCAUCUGUGGUCAACGUGACUAACGCUAACUCCGCCGCCCAGCUGCUAGCACAAACCACCCUCAGAAAUGUUCUUGGCACCAAGAACCUUGCAGAGGUCUUAUCAGAUCGUGAGGCCAUCGCUCAUAGCAUGCAGUCAAGCCUGGAUGAAGCCACUGACAAUUGGGGCAUCAAGGUGGAGCGUGUGGAGAUCAAAGAUGUGAAACUGCCUGUUCAGCUGCAGAGAGCCAUGGCAGCUGAAGCUGAAGCAGCUCGAGAGGCCAGGGCUAAGGUGAUUGCAGCAGAGGGUGAAAUGAAUGCCUCCCGUGCCCUGAAGGAGGCAUCCCUUGUGAUUGCAGAGUCUCCUUCAGCCCUGCAGCUCCGCUACCUGCAGACUCUCAGCACCAUCGCAGCAGAGAAGAACUCCACCAUCAUCUUCCCGCUGCCCAUUGAUGUCAUUUCUAACUUCAUGCGCAAGUGAGGACAUUAAGCCAUCAAUGCCAGUGUUCCAUGACGUUAUGUCCACCUUGAUAAAAUAUUUAAAACAAUGUAAAA